CCGACGCGCGCGCGAUCGACGCGAGCGCGCGCGAGCGCCGAAAUCCACGCGCGCGCGAACGAUGGCGUCCGCGACCGUCACCGCCGCGCCCGCGCGCGCGACGCGCGCGACGCGCCGUCGCGAUUCGUCGCGCUCGAGCGCGACGUCACCGCGCGCGACGUCGGCUCGAACGCGCGCGCGGGCGCGCGCGAGCUCGAGCUCGAGCGGCGCCCUGGACGCGCUGCUCGGCGCCACGAUCAUCGCACCGGGCGGCGACGCGAGCGUGCGCGCGAGCGUGCAAAAGUACUACGGCGAGACGCUGAGCACGAGCGACGACUUGAAGACGAGCGCGUGCUGCACGCCGAGCGAACAAAUCCCGAAAGCCGUGCGCGAGGCGCUGCGAGAGGUGCCGGAUGAGGUCAAGGCGAAAUACUACGGAUGCGGUAGUCCGACGCCGAUCGGGAUCGAUGGACUGCGCGUGCUGGAUUUGGGAAGCGGAAGCGGACGAGACUGUUACGUCGCGGCGAAGCUCGUCGGCGAAAACGGAAGCGUGUUGGGAGUGGACAUGACGGAUGGACAGUUGGAGGUGGCGAGAAAAUACGUGGAUGAAUACUGCACGAAGACGCUCGGGUACGCGAAGGCGAACAUGCGAUUUGAGAAGGGAACCAUUGAGGAUUUGAAAGCCGCGGGGGUGCCCGACGCGUCGGUGGACAUGAUCAUCAGCAACUGCGUCAUCAAUCUGAGCCCCGAUAAGCCCGCGGUGUUGAGCGAGGCGUACCGCGUCUUGGCGAACGGCGGCGAGUUUUACUUCAGCGACGUGUACUGCGACCGAAGACUUCAGGAAGAUUUGCGCUCGCACGAAAUUUUACUCGGCGAGUGCCUCGGCGGCGCCAUGUACGUCGAAGACUUCAAGCGUCUUUGCCAAGCCGUCGGCUUUACCGAUCCGCGCGUUUUGGCCGGUCACGAGAUCGAAGUGCGCGAUCCCGCGCUCGCAGAACUUUUGGGCGAGGCCAAGUUCUACUCCAUCACCUACCGCCUGUUCAAGCUUCCCCCGGGUUGCUUGGAGACGCUCUGCGAAGACUACGGCCAAUACGCCGUGUACAACGGCGGCUUACCGGGCGCGCCGAACGCGUACCAACUCGACGACCAUCACCGAUUCGAAAAGAACAAACCCAUGCUCGUGUGCGGGAACACGGGAUCCAUGGUCGGCGAGACCUGGCUCGGCAAGUACUUCACCCUCGUCGGCGACCGCUCCACGCACUACGGCUUGUUCGAUUGCGGUCCGUCGCCCGUCGCCGCCUCAUCCAGCGCCGCCCCCGCCGGCGGCGCGUGCUGUUGACCGCGCCCGAC